AAGAUUAGGGUCUAAUGAGAAGAGCUUAUGUAAUAAAGAAUAUUGAAUUCUUAAUAGAAUCAAUUGUUUAAAUGAACCUAGCGAAAAGUAACCCUGUUGAAAUUAAAAAUAAGUUACUACAAGCUUUUGAUGAACAGAACAAUAUCAUUGAUAUGGGGAUAGUUGUUGAAACAAUAUCACAAUUAGAAAAAACUUUGAUUACCCGGGAAGAUCUAGAGCAAACUAGAUUAGGAAAGUAUAUUAAUGAAAUUAGAAAAAAGUUAACAAUUCCUAGUGAUGGAAAAACAAAUAAUGCAAUAUUGAAUGACAUAGCUAAGAGAGCUAAAAAUUUGGUCAAAAAGUGGAGAGAUGAUCAUUUGAAAGCUAACAAACAUACUAAUCAUGAGCCAGAUAAUAAUAAUGAAACAAUACUAGGUGCUAACAAAACAAUUACUAAAAAUCAUGUAGUUGACUUAAUAAUUCCAAAAAGUACUCAACGUAUAAAUGGACAUAUUAAACUCAAUAUUAAUGAUGAAAUAACCAAAACUGCUAUGCUGCAAAAUAAAAAUAAUGAAUUUAUGUGUGAAAUGAAUAAAGAACAGAUCUACAUAAACCAUCCAUCACCUACAUCUAAGCUUAAAUGUGACACUUCUAUAACAAAUGGUCCUACACACACCUUGGUCCAAAAAAGCAAUGGCUACCAUCCAGAUGAACAUCGCCAACCAAAAAUUUUGCUAAAAAUUAAGAAGAAAAUUAGGCAGGAUCCCUUAGGUUCUUCAUUUAAAGGUGCAAUUGCUUCUACAUCACUCACUCAUAACCCUAUAGUAAAAUCAAGAAAACUAAAAACAACUGUUGAGUUAAUGGCAGAAAUAAGGGCAAAAUCUGAAAUUCUUAAAGACAUUCCUAUAUCACCUUUUGUUUCAACUUCCGCAAUAAUUGCCAAUAAAUUUUCUAAUCAAAUCAAUGAAUCCGUAUCCGGUGGAUAUUAUAAUAACUCACUCGAUAACCGAUUAAAUACCGUCAAAGCGCACACCGCAAUUCAAUCGUUUACGAAAGACGGGAAACUCGAUUAUACAAUCGGAAAUUCCCAGCCCGUCGUUCACAAAAAGAAACGAGGCAGACAUAAAAAAAUUAAACCGUUACCCGAUGUCGAUUUCCUUGAUAAAGGUAUUAACGAGAACUAUUCUUACGACAAAAAAUAUAAUUGCUCAACCACAAAUCUGUCUAAGACUACUUCACCUAUCACUAUCGUCACCACAAAUGACCCCUUCACGCAAUCGUCGACUUCGCCCCAUACGCAACAUUCUUUUAUGGUUCAAAGAAUAGAGACUGAUUCUGUUCACGAUCAUUUAAGGAAUAUGAAAACCUUCGAGUCCGAAAAAAUCUUAGCCGAAGAAACUGUUGUGUCAGAUGCAGCAGUGGUUAUACAACCCCAUGUUAUCCCUAUUCCACGAAGCCCCGGCCAAGAGUUCGUCGAUUUUUACAAUGGAUUAUUUGGUACAGCGGCUCCCCCCGAUUACUCGAACGACAAUGACCAAUCUUUAAAAUCGAUCAUUCAACGUGACAUGAAUAAAAACGAAACGCUCCUUGAAUCUCUUUUCGAUCAUUAUAAUGAUCAUUCGAUGGACGUUGAUGAACCACAGAUUCUUCGAGAUUACAAAGAACCUCACAUGAUACCAUCUGUCGAAGACGAAAAACUUCUCGUUAUGCCUUACAUAGAUCUAAGUGAUUAAGAUGAUUUCUUCUUAAAUCAGAUCACAAAUCCUCGAUUCUUUCAGUUCAGCGCCGUGAUUCAAUUUUAUAAUUAUUAGAAAAGCAUUUAUGCUGUUCCCGGAUUCAUUUAAUUUUAAAGAGUAAUUUUUGCAACAACUCGGUGGCCCGCUUUUGUAUUCAAACGAAUUAAUUAAUAAAAAAAUCAGUCGAAAUCUAGAAAUUAGAUAAUUAUAAAAUAUUUAUUUUUGAAUUUAGGGAUAUUGAUUUUCGAUUAUUGAUAAUUAAUUAUAUAAUAAUAAUCAUUUAUAAACCAAAUAUAUUAUUUUUUUCUUCUAAUUCAUAUUAUGAUAAUCGCUACUAAAAAAAAUAAAGUCCAA